UAGCUAAAGGCUGAGAUAGUUAGUGCCAGCCAGGGUUGCCAGUGAGUGUGGGCUUGAGGUAGGCCUUAGGUGCAGUCGCACCCAGAGUGAGUAGCUCUCUUUCCUUCUGUCUGACGUGAUCAACCUGUUAGCUUCCCUCUGGGAUUCAUUUGUAAGAGAGCCCCUAGCCCCAAGCCUCCAGUUCCUUUUAUUUUCUUUUGAUCUUUCUUCUAAAGUACAUUGUCACCAUUUGGAGCCUGGGAAGUUGAAAGAGGAUGUCUGUCUUUCAUGUAACUCCACUUUUUAAGUGUGCUGUAAGGAGCUCGUUAGCCAUGGAUGUAUUCAUGAAAGGACUUUCCAAGGCUAAGGAGGGAGUCGUGGCGGCUGCUGAAAAAACCAAACAGGGUGUGGCAGAAGCAGCAGGAAAGACAAAAGAGGGUGUUCUUUAUGUAGGCUCAAAAACAAAGGAAGGAGUGGUUCACGGUGUGACAACAGUGGCUGAGAAGACCAAAGAACAAGUGACAAAUGUUGGAGAGGCUGUGGUGACAGGGGUGACAGCAGUUGCACAAAAAACCGUGGAGGGAGCAGGAAGCAUUGCAGCUGCCACUGGAUUUGGCAAAAAAGAUCAGUUUGGCAAGAGUGAAGAAGGAGUUCCACAGGAAGGAAUUCUGGAAGAUAUGCCUGUGGAUCCUGACAGUGAGGCUUAUGAAAUGCCUUCUGAGGAAGGAUAUCAAGACUAUGAACCUGAGGCCUAAGAAAUAUCUUUGCUCUCAAUUUCCUGAGAUCUGCUGACAGAUGUUCCAUCCUGUACAAGUCCUCAGUUCCAAUGUGCCCAGUCAUGACAUUAUCUCGAAGUUUUUAUGGUGUAUUUUGAAGUCUUCCAUCAGCAGUGAUCGGAGAAUCUGUACCUGCCCCCACUCAGCAUUUCGGUGCUUCCCUCUCACUGAAGUGAAUAUGGUAGCAGGACCCUUUGUGUGCUGUGGCUAUUGUGGCAUCAAAUAUAAAAUGUCAAAAAAAAAAAAAAGUUAAAAACACCUAAGUGACUACCACUUAUUUCUAAAUCUUCACUAUAUUUUUGUUGCUACUGAGAAGUCGUGAUUUAUUAUCAUAUCAGAUUUUUAGGUGUCCUUUAAUGAGUCUUUCUGUCUAAGAAUAAGUAUUGUGAAAUGUGUUAAUAUAUACAAUAAUAUUUAAGACCAUGUGAGCAUGAAACUAUGCACCUAUAAAUAUUAACUAUGAAAUCUUACUCUUGUGAUGUGUUUUACUAAAGUGUGCUUAUAUAUAAAUGGUGAAAAAUAAAAUGUUCUCAUUACAAAGA